UCACUGAAAUCGCUCCUGGCAGCACAGAAUUCUCUGGGCAUGCGUUGUGUGUCGUCUUGUCAUCUCGUGUGGCGAUGCGAAGAAAGGAAAUAUCAGACAGCUGGAGUGAAAGGGAAAUUUUCCAGCAUCCUUCGGCACCAGUGCAAGAGUGAAAAGUGUGCGUAAAGACGCGAAAGGACUUUUUGGGGGGAUUUCAAGUGGACAGGAAGUGGCAAAGAGUGCAUGUGAAGGAGUCAAUUCUCAAUGUUUCAAUUGUCAAAUGGAAUUUCGUGCAAUUUCGGGAGGAGAAAAGAUGUGCUGAAGAGAGUGAAAGUGAAUUUUCUAUGUGGAAAAUUUCCCUAAACACAUCUCACAACAUUUUGGGGGUAUUAAAUAAUGGAAAUUCUACGAAAAAGCCAUUAAGACACGAGUUCAGCCAGAGAGUGAGAGAAAAUCACGUUGAAUAAAAUGGGACGAAGGACCGAUUUAGUGACUUAAAAACAGUGGUGAAAAUCUACACACGAAUAAUGUGAAGAGGCGUCAAAGUGCAUUAAAGGAAUGCACAUUAAAGCAAUCUUGUGAAAUUUUCUGUUGUUUUUUCGCAUUUUAUUUUUUGUAACUGGCUUGUUGUGCAGCUGGGCAAGAAUCUCAGCAAAGAUCUGUGGUCAAUUGUUGGUGAAAAGCGACAAAAGACAUUUUAAUUCUGUGUGUGUUUCGUGGAAAUUUGUGUGAGAAGAAGGAGACACAAUGUCUGGAUUAUUUAGAUACAAUUCAAAUUCGACAACGCCGCAGAGGCGAACGACUCAAAGGAGUUUCCGUACAAGUCCAGGACAACUGCAAGAUGUCACGAUGAAUAAUUCAUAUACCUAUGGAUUUGGAUCGCCAUCCUUUAGCGCCUGUGGCCAGGGAUCACCUGGCCAGGGAAGAUCUGUGCGUGACUAUGAGGAGCAGAUGACAACGCUGCAGCGGGAGAACUUCAAUUUGAGGCUGAGGAUCUACUUUCUGGAGGAGAAGCUCAAUGGGAGCGCCAUGGGCCAAGGAACGGAGUCGCUGUUCAAGCAGAACGUCGACCUGAAGGUGGAGAUUGAGGCGCAGAAGAAGGAGUUGCAGGAGAAGCAUGAACUGCUCACUCAAGCGGCCAGUGCCAUGAAAUACAUGGAGGACACGCAGAAGAAGGUGGAAGAGGAGGCGAAGGCCACUGAAAGUGAACUGAAGACUCGUAUAGAUUUGCUAGAGUUGGAGAUUAGUGAGAUGCAGAAGAUUUAUGGACCGAAUUCGCUGAAGACCAACCUCAUUUCACUCGUUGAGGGUGAUAAUGUGGUGCAGAGGGAGUCCAGAGAGAGCUUCAUGGGUGUUGAGGUGAGAAUUAAGGAGUUGCAAGUGACUGUUGAUGAACUGACGGCGGCCAAUGAGGAGGUGAAAGAGGCCAUGAAGCAACUGGAGGCGAUAAAUGAGCAGAAGACACUCAAGGUGAAGGAGUUUGAGGUGAAAACUGAUGGGCUCUCGGCGGAAAAUGCGCGUCUAAAGGAGAAUCUCGAGAGUCUGGAGAAGAAUGCCAAAUUGGCUGAGACACUGAAGGUGCAGUUGUUGGAUGUUCGGAAGCAAUUGGCAGAGAAAUUGUGCGACGAGAUGGACUUGAAGGCGCGUCUUCAGGAGAAAACGAAAGCACAUGAGAAUGCCAAAGUGGCAAUUGAGAAACUGGUGAGAAACAUUGGGGAACUGAAGAUGAAUCCUGUCACAUCGGAAAAUGUGGCUGCAACGCUUGAGGACAUGAAGGUGACGAUUGAGAACAAAGAUGUGGACAUUGCGAAUCUCCGUGCUGAAAUUAUGCGCACGGUUGAGCAGAAGAAUGCCGAGAUCUUCGAGUUGAAGACUGAAGUGAAGAGAAAGACAACAAAUCUGCAGCGAUUGAUCAACAAGGAUCUGUGGGAUAAGAACAGGGAGAUCGAGAGGCUGACGAAGUUGGUGAAUGGUGGGACCGGAAGUCCUGUUAAGAUGGUCGAAGUGGAUCAGCUGCACGGUCAAUUCACUGAGGCGCAGUAUAACGAAGCGGUGGAGAAGAAUGGUCACUUGCAAAGGAAACUUGACGAUUUGAGGCAGAAAUUGUGCCACAAUGUCGACAGCGAGAAGACGGUGAGGAGUCUGCAAAAGGAACUGACAGUGGCUCAGGCGGAGGUUGAGAGUGCCAAUAGAAUGAGGAAGGAGUGUGGCGACGUCUGUUCCAUCCUCACGCUGCGCCUUGAGGAGUUGGCUGGAUUCCUGGAUAGUCUGCUGAAGCACAAGGACAUCCUGGGUGCUUUGUGUGCCGAUCGUCGUCAUGCAAUGCGAAAGGCCAUCGACAGGAGUCUUGAUCUCUCGCGUAGCAUCAACAAUAAUAGUUCCCUAAAUCUCGGAAUAUCGCUGAGUGAGCAGAGUCUCAUGCAGAUGACGGGCUUCUCGGCGAUUCUUGAUGAGAGCUUCCCGGAGAGUGUGUUCAGUAACAAGGAGAAUGUGCCAGAGAAUGGAAAUGUGAUUGAGGCGCUGAGGAAUGAGGUGUUGCUCCUGCGGACGGAGUUGGACAAAUCGUAUAAGCGCAAGGAGCAGAUGUCUGAUGCGAAGAAGCGCUCUCAUCGUCAAGAUGGACAUUCGGAGUCGGAAUCGUGGUCAGAGCCGGAUAGGAAUGUGUCAGCGGCGAGGAUUGGCAUUCAAACUGUGCAGGAGACGUCACGGCACAGCUCAACGGAUGAGGAUUCAGCGGCUGUGAUGCCAAUGAAGAAGAGUGUGACGAGUGAAAGGCUGUCUCAGCUGGAGUGUCUGGUGACGGACAAGGAAAACAAGUUGCUGGAGAUUCAGAUAAGUGGCAUUGAGCGAGAGAAUGUGCUCAAGGAGGAGCGUCUGAGAGCGAACGAGCAACUCCAAGCGGCACAGAAGGAGUUGCAGGCGCAGAAGCUGAUGAAUGAAAAUCUUGAGCGGGAGAUUGUGGAGCUGAGGAGUUCUCUGCAAUCUCAGGCGGAGUUGCAGCAGCAACUUCAGCGUGCUCAGACUGAGUUGAGUGAGAGAUCAGAGACUUUGGAUGCCGUGUCGGAGGAGAGAGACAAAGCGGCUGUGGAUCUUCGGGUGGCGGAGAUGCAGAUGGAGACAAUGGCCAGGGAUGCGGAGUACCUGAAGGAGAAGCACACCAGGGAAUUGCUCUUCCGGCUGGAGAAGGUGCGCAAGGAGUGCGAAGUGGAACUUGAUGCGCAGUUGCAGCGCCAGGAGAUGGAGCACAGAGAGACCGUGAGUCGGGACUUUGUGGCUAGGACGGUGCUGGUGAAGAAGCAGGAGGAGAUUGAUGUGCUGCGGCGGCGUCUGGAAGAUGCACAAGCCACUGUCGAUGGCAUGUCGGAGGGCGAGAUUGAGCUGCGAGCGCUGCUGGCGGAGCACGAGAAGAGGGCCAGAGAUGCGCAGAAGAGUCUCGAUGAUGCCACAAUGCAGGCCAGCCGGGCGGUGGUGGAGAGGACGCGCGCUGUGACGGAGAGAGGACAGCUGGAGGUGAUGAUGAAGGAUCUGCAAGCAAAGUGUGAUCGGCUGAUGGGUGAGAAGGCGGAACUGAAAGCUCUGGUGGAGAAGUUCAGCCGUGAGAGAUCCUCAGAUGAUGGACGCGGUAACAAUUCCUCACCGGAUCUUGGCAUUGACAGUGAUGCCGCGAGAGCGUCCAGCAGCGAUGCCGGGAAGACUGACGCGAAGCCGCCGGUGAUGAGAUUGAGUUCGGCGUCCACGGUGGAGAUGCAGAACAGCAGCAACAAUCCGGAGGGGCGACAGCAGGAGUAUGACAAGGUGAGGGAGGAGAAUGUGGAGCUGAAGAAGCGCCUGGCAAGGAUGACACGGCAGUUUGAGGAGAUGCGACAGCGCCUGAAGAAGUCCAAUUCGCAGAAGGAGGAAAUUGAGCGCAACAUCCAGAUGCAAAUCCUCAAAACGCACAGUGUUCUGAAGCAAGUGCGCUCGAAUAUGGAGAGUGAGGCUGAGAAGAGAAACGUUCCGCUUCCGGGUAGAUCAUCAGAUCCCUGCAAUUGAUGGCAUUUUGAUCCUUUUGCGCCGUUCCUCUUUUUCAAUAUGAUUAUGACAGAGUCAAGAGUUUUUGUCUUUUGCGUUUUGUUAAGUAUUUCUUCUUCUGUACGCAAUUUUGAGAGCGCAUUUGUUUUUAACUUCGAACGAUCAACGAUCAAUCCAAAUCGCACCUGAUAUUUGUGUGUGUGUGUAAAUAUAAAUGAUGAGAAAUGAGAUGAUUCUAUACUUAGAAAUUAAGGCAACAAUCCUUCCCAAAACGACAUUCAUAUUGAAUGUGUUUCAACAAGAGAAGAAAGAGAAAAAAACGAUCGAAUAACAAAUCACAUAUAUAGCGAAUGCGAAUAGAAACUAUUUUGUAACGAAAUUAUAAUAAAGAUGAGAUUGAUUUUGCAAGAAAAGCGGUCUUUC